GGGGUGGAAGGGUGCGGCGCAGCGCACCGCUUGGAGGAAAGCAUGCAAGGACUGUGGGGCAGCAGCUGGAGGAAGUUCGGACACGCCGGCAGGGGCACAUACGAGUGGUUAACUAGCGAACCAAGCCUGCCUCCUCAGGAGACCCAGCUGCAGGGCACCCAGCAGCUAAAUUCCGCCAAAGACGAUGUGGAGCCCUUCCUGUGCAUCCUCCUUCCAGCCACCAUCGUGCUCUUCCUGGCCUUUCUGCUGCUCUUCCUGUACCGCCUCUGCAAGGCCCGGCGGCCCCAGGGCCAGGUGUUCAGCAUCGACCUCUCAGAGCACCCACCUGGGGGCGAGGAGACCGACUUCCUGCCCGGCUUACCCUGGGGAGGUGAGCAGGACUUCCCCUACUCUCCUCUGCCCAGGGAGGCAGCCCCCCACUCCGAGUGUUUACCACCCUCCUACGAGGAGGCCACCAGGAAUCCCCCUGGCGGAGAGGCCCGGGAGGCGGGCCUUCAGUAUGCAGAGGGCUCACCUGGACUGGAUGUGCCAGUAUAAACCGCUCUUGGAAGCCAUUUAAACCCAGCUCUCCACCCUUACUGGAGCCCAAGGGAGAGGCCAACAGGGAAGGGCACCUGGCCCGAGAGCAGACUGCUGGACGAAUGGGGAAAGGCUGGACAAGGUUGGUCCAGGGAACCCAUCACGUUCCUUAAGAUGUCCCCAGGUGGUUCUAAAGAUGACUGGGCUCUUCUGAAAUGUACGACACCCCUGAUGCGGAAGAAAGGGAAGUUCUAUGUGAGCUGACAACAGAAGGUUAGAAUUACUGGAGAGCAGAAGAACUAGCUUGGAAGAGAAAGACGACAGAAAAACGCCGAUAAGCCAAAGGUAGUUGCUUGUGCCACCAAAUAAAACUUUCCUUCCUACACAGGUGUUUCAGGAACUCAUGGUCUUUCUUCUGCAUGAGGCUUCAAGAUGGCUAGAGAGUUCUAGAAGGAGCUGCCAUGGUCAACUAUGUUGUAAAUAAUGGCAAAAUAGGUUUCCCUGUUAGUAGGAAAAUUACAGACAUUUGCAUACAUUUUAA